AGACAGCGAGAGACUGAGAGAGAGAGAAAGCGCGAGAACGCUGCGGUGGAGUUCCUAUAGGGCCUGCGAACGAAGGACUAGGAGGACAACGGCAAACAUUCUGAACGGGAUUUCCAUAGCCCUCUUCUGCAUGCACCCACACCGAACGGCCGAUUCCACCCGCAUCCCUUCGUUCCCCCCCGUUCUGUCCAGAGGCAACCUGUAAAGAGGGACUCCAUGAAAGAUGUCAGAGGAGGCGAUUGUUAUUGCCAAGUGGGACUAUACGGCACAACAAGACCAGGAACUUGACAUUAGGAAAAAUGAGCGCUUGUGGCUUCUCGAUGACUCAAAAACGUGGUGGCGAGUGCGAAAUGCAUCCAACAGAACUGGCUUUGUUCCUUCCAAUUACGUUGAACGCAAGAACAGUCUGAAGAAAGGUUCUCUGGUGAAAAAUCUCAAAGAUACACUUGGCCUGGGGAAAACGAAACGCAAAACGAGCACACGGGAAGCCUCUCCAACUCCCAGCACGGAUGAGUACUCCUCAAAUGGGGGCGGGGCUGAACGAAUAUACGACCUGAACACUCCAGCCACGGUGAAGUUUGCCUACAACGCGGAACGGGAGGAUGAGCUCAGCCUGGUGAAGGGGGUGCGGCUGAUGGUCAUGGAGAAAUGCAGUGACGGCUGGUGGAGGGGCAGCUAUAACGGUCAAUCGGGCUGGUUCCCCUCCAACUACGUCCAAGUGGAGGAGGAGGUGGAGGACACUUCGGCCGACUUUCCCGCGGUCUUCUCCUCACAGCCGGGCUUCAGUAACGGUCAGGGUCCCAGAGUCCUUCACACUGUUCAGACGCUCUACCCCUUCAGCUCCGUCACGGAGGAAGAGCUGAACUUUGAGAAGGGUGAGACGAUGGAGGUGCUGGAGAAGCCAGAGAACGACCCAGAAUGGUGGAGGUGUAAGAACUGCCGUGGGCAGGUGGGUCUGGUGCCAAAGAACUAUGUGGUUGUGCUCAACGAUGGUCCGUUAUCGACGGCCUCGGGCUCCCAUUCCCAGCAGAACAGCCACACGGGGCCCUCCCACACAGGGAAAUUUGCCGGAAUGGACUGGUACUAUGGUAACGUGACACGGCACCAGGCCGAGUGUGCGCUGAACGAGAGGGGGGUGGAGGGAGACUUCCUCGUGAGAGACAGCGAGUCCUCUCCAAGUGAUUUCUCCGUGUCUCUGAAAGCAGUGGGGAAGAACAAACACUUCAAGGUGCAGUUGUCGAAUGGAGUUUACUGUAUCGGUCAACGCCGCUUCAAUUCUAUGGAUGAACUGUUAGAGCACUACAAGAAAGCUCCCAUUUUCACUAGCGAACAUGGAGAAAAGCUUUACCUGAUCAAACCCCUCCAGUGACCUUCCACACACAAAUGAGCCUUACAACCAGACCAGAUCUGACCUCACACUGAGCCAAGUGAUCUGCAACUCCUACCUAACGCUCGUUUCUCACCAGCAAACAGGACUUGCCGAACACCAACACACUGGAAAAUCACAGGAAUUAACUUUACUGUUAAAGUAAUGAUGCGACGUAUCCUUUCUUUCCCUGUGUCUCCAUGUUACUUUAACUGAUGAUUUUUAUUACCUGGAGUGGCUCAUGAAAAUGAAUAUCGCCUUUUCAAAGUGAUAAUGUAAGCACUUGCCCAUUGCCUUUUGACCGACAGCUCAAUUUCUGUUCACACUACAUGAAAGCCAACAGAUGUGGCCUUCAUCCCAUACAUCCUGAGACUAUUUUGGCAGCACAAUAUUCAAGGUUGUCACGGGACAAGUGCAUGGAUACAGACACAGGAAUUACAGGAAACUGUAUGUACAUAAGAGUUGCCAAAGAGAGACUUGGUGACAGUCGCCUCCUGCUGGAUGAACUGAGAAAUGCCAACAGGAGGGUCUUUAUAAGAUGAAUGUUUUGUAGAUGCUUAACCAAAUGUGCCACCUUCACAUUCAAGCACCGCUACUUUGAUAUAUAUAAGAGAACUAUAUCCACCUCAUUCAGAUUCACACAUCUGUAUCAAUAUUAAAGUGUUGGCAUAGACCUUAUUACAGCAAAUCUUUUAGUUUCCAUUUCGAAAGGGCACCAUUCAAUCGUAAUGGUUUGAUCUAUUUACUAAUGAGUCUGUUCUUCAUUUACUUUCCAAACUUUUAUAAAAAAUAUGGUACGUCUGAAUGUUACUGAGCAUUGUUAUUUAAACCAUGUUUAU